AAAUACUACUACUAGAAUAUGUUAGCCAUACAUAAGGUCUCAAAAACUGCGGUUCCUGAGUAGAGAGGUUUGUUUGUUGUCGUUUGAGAGGAUUCGAUCAAGCGAAUCUUGUUUUCGAAGCUCAAAUUGAAUUGAACAGUGAAUUCCUGGAAGGGAACGAAGCAGAAAAUGGGAGACACAAACCACGCGUCCACCGUCGAUGACGAUUUGCUUCUCAAAAACUUCUUCGCCGAAGUUAGCGAAGUUGAAAGAGACAACGAAGUGCUUAGGAUUCUCUCUUGUUUUAAGUUGAAUCCAUUUGAGUAUCUAAACCUACCAUUUGAUUCAUCAAUUGAUGAUGUGAAAAAGCAGUACCGCAAGUUAUCAUUAAUGGUUCACCCGGAUAAAUGUAAGCAUCCACAAGCAAAGGAGGCUUUUGGAGCAUUAGCGAAAGCUCAACAGUUACUAAUGGAUCAAAAUGAAAGAGAUUAUAUUCUUAGCCAAGUUAAUUCAGCUAAAGAAGAACUUAGAGCAAAGAGGAAGAAGCAGCUGAAGAAAGAUACAGCUUCAAAAAUGAAAUCUUUGGUUGAAGAGGGAAAAUAUGACAAACAGUAUGAACAAUCAGAGGAAUUCCGGCAGGAGCUCAAAGUCAAAGUUCGUGAACUAUUAACAGAACAAGAAUGGAGGAGAAGAAAAAUGCAAAUGAGGAUAUCUGAGGAGGAAGGCAGAUUAAAAAGGGAUGAAGAGGAACAGAAAGAAAUGUGGAAAAGAAAGCGUGAACAUGAGGAGGAAUGGGAAGGAACACGAGAAAAGAGGGUAUCCAGUUGGAGAGAUUUUAUGAAGGGUGGAAAGAAGAAUAAGAAAGGAGAAAUUCGGCCACCGAAGCUGAAGACAGAAGAUCCCAACAAAUCCUACGUUCAAAGGCCUGUAAAAAGAGGUUAGGGGUUCUGCCGUUGAGUUUGAAGAUCACAGCAAUCAAUUGAAACCAGGAGUUCGAGAGAACUUAUUUAUGCAGGCCAUCUUUUGUGUAUCAGUUAGAUACUUUUAAACAGAUUUAUUACUGGAGUCAUUUGAGGCAUGUUAAUGGUGUAGACCUCCGACGAAUGACUCUAUCCACUUUGCAUCCCAAUACUGAUAAAUAGGAAUUACUGGUCAUCCGCAGCGAGCCAUUUUAGUGUUAGGUUAAACACGGGUUUAUGGAGAAUUUGAUUUCGAUACAAAUGGCGAUUUCACCCAUGCUGCUCGAAGAUGAAAAAUCUGAUUAGUGAUUAAUACAUUUGUUUUCACUUUUUUUUUUCUGUU